GGCGAGGGCGCGCCGGCCCCCCGCGCUCCCGGGGCAGCACCCGGGGGAUCCCCCUCGCCAUGCGCACCCGGCGGCGCCUGCUGCCUCCCGAGGAUCAAGUAGAACACCCUGAUUCAGCAGAGCUGGCUGGUUGUGCUGCAGUCACCAUGAGGGGGCACAGGGUCAUUCGUUUCCUAACAUAUGUGUAAGAGAAAAAGGUUCAGACAAGGAUCUGGUGGUCGUUCCCUGACAAAUGGAGAACUAUUUCCAAGCAGAGGCAUAUAACCUCGAUAAGGUUUUAGACGAAUUUGAGCAAAACGAAGAUGCUGCUGUCUCACCUACCCUGCUGGGUGCAAAGUGGAAUCAGAUCCUAGAUCCGCCCUCUCGCCGCCUGUCGUUCAACCCCACCGUGGCCAACGUGAAUGAAGCUCCAGCUCCUAAUGAGUGUCAGCAGAGAGUGAAAUCUUGCUCCUUGUCCCAUUCAGCGACCACACCAACAGCAGGAGGGGAUCACUGUGCUAAUGGGAAGGAUUUUAGCAUAAGCCCAGAGACCCCAGUCAUGUGGAUUGAUGAUCAGGCAGCAGCAGACGAUCAGUUGAUUAGAAGAAACAGUAAUCGUGAUCAGUGUCAUGCUGUGGAAACGGGGGAGAGGAAAUGUGGGAAUACAGCUUGCUUGCCAGAGGAGAAAAACGUGCUAGUGGUGGCAGUCAUGCACAACUGUGACAGAACACUACAAAGUGGAGAUUUGCUGGAUUGUAAAAAUUACAGCAGUGAGUCCCUGAUGGACACUGUUGGCUUUACACUGGAUAACGAGAGCCGACAGAGUGACCAGUUGAGUGUUACUGUAAAUGGAUCCACGGAAAAGGAUACAGAUACAGAAAAACAUGUGAACAGGCCGUGCACUGAAGAUGACUUUGCAAGUCCUUUGGUUAAUGCUUCAUCUGAAAGCCUGAGCAUUGCAUGCCCCUCCUCUCGAUUAAAGGAUGAUUUUAAUAUGAGUAAGGAUUCGGUGUUUUCAGAAGCUACAACUGCAGGGGUCAAUGCAGUGACUCUCUUACAGACACCAGUUGACGGUACUGUUAAAAUGCAAGAAAAUUGUGUAUCAGUUGAAAAUUUUAGUAGUAAAGCCAUUCCUCAGAGACCAGAUCUAGAAGCUCAAAACUCUUCUCCCGGUUCCAGUAAUGGAAGCUUCAUUGUAGAACAGGAAACAACCCAGCAGUUACAGUCUCGGCUGUCUGGGCUCACUGAAACCUGUCAACCUAAAGUGGCUGGAAGUGGCAAUCACAAGGAAUGUGUUGCAGAGCAGUUUGGCCCCGAGGAUGUUGGUGCCACUGACAGCGAAGUCGUUGAAUGUGAUAAAAACCUCGGCCCAGCGGAACUGCUGGGCGUGGCAGAAUGUUACCCCGAGUCUCAGGAGAUGGCUGAUUGGGAACUGACAAAGUUGAAUGAGAUGAACAAUAAGCAAACUCUAGGAGAGAAUGAAAGGCUUGUGCAGAGCAAACAGCCCGAUGAUGCAUGUGGUAAUAGCAAAGAACAUGGAGAUGGGGCAAUGGAGGCAGGCACAGACUUAAAAGGGACUGGUAUAGAUGAGCUUGAAGGGCCCGGUCUCUCUGAUGUGAUGGCUACAUCAGCAGCAAGCUCUCUGUCUAAUGGUUGUGAUUCCUAUGGAAUGCAGAACCCAGUUGUUGCUCAUGUUCCAAAAACUUUACCCUCCAAGGAAGACUCGGUAACAGAGGAAAAGGAGAUUGAGGAGAGCAAGUCAGAAUGUUACACUAAUGUUUAUGAACAGAGAGGAAACGAGACCACAGAAGGAAGUGGUCUUAUUUUAAACAGCACUGGUGACCACAUAAAGAAAAAUUAUUUACAUAAUCUUUGCAGUCAGGUUUCAUCCAUGCAAGGGCAGACUUCACCAAAACCAGUGGCUAAUCUGCAAUAUAUCAGUGUUCCUUUUGGUGGUGCAAGACCUAAACAGCCUACAAAUCUGAAACUGCAGAUUCCGAAGCCAUUGUCGGACCACUUACAAAAUGAUCUUAUUCCCCCAAAUUGUGGAGGUAAUAGCAAAAACAAAAAUGUCUUUGGUAAGACAAAAUUAGGAGAUACAGCAGACACGUUUCCUGGUGAAACAUCUUCAAAUGCCUCUGGUACUGGUACUAACGGGGAACAUUUGGAUGAGUAUGAAUCUGGAGUCUCUAAUAGUUCGUGCCUUGCAGUAGCCCCAGAUAGUCCAGAUAACGAUCUCAGAGCUGGUCAGUUUGGAGCUCCAGCCAGAAAGCCUUUUACGACUUUGGGUGAGGUGGCUCCAGUGUGGGUUCCAGAUUCUCAAGCACCAAACUGUAUGAAAUGUGAGGCCAGAUUUACAUUCACCAAAAGAAGGCACCAUUGCAGAGCUUGUGGGAAGGUGUUUUGUGCCGCCUGCUGCAGCCUGAAGUGCAAACUGCUGUACAUGGACCGAAAGGAAGCCAGAGUGUGUGUGAUCUGCCACUCAGUGCUCAUGAAUGCUCAAGCCUGGGAGAACAUGACGAGUGCCUCGAGCCAGAGCCCUAACCCUAACAAUCCUGCUGAAUACUGUUCUACUAUCCCUCCUUUGCAGCAGGCUCAGGCCUCGGGCGCCCUGAGCUCUCCGCCUCCCACUGUCAUGGUACCUGUGGGAGUUCUAAAGCAUCCUGGAGCAGAAGUGGCUCAGCCUAGAGAACAAAGGCGUGUUUGGUUUGCUGAUGGGAUAUUACCCAAUGGAGAAGUUGCUGAUGCAGCAAAACUGACAGUGGCUGGGACAGCUUCCACAGGAACCUUGGCAGUGUCACAUGAUCCGUCAAAGCCCAUGGCCAACAACUCUUUAUCAGCAGAAACUGAUAAUGCCUCUGUAUUCUCGGGAAAUAUAACUCAGGUUGGCAGUCCUGUUGGCAGUGCAAUGAAUCUAAUUCCUGAAGAUGGGCUUCCUCCAAUUCUCAUCUCCACUGGAGUAAAAGGAGACUAUGCUGUAGAAGAGAGACCUUCUCAGAUCUCUGUCAUGCAGCAGCUGGAGGAUGGUGGCCCUGACCCUCUAGUAUUUGUUUUAAAUGCUAAUUUGCUGUCCAUGGUAAAAAUAGUAAAUUAUGUGAACAGGAAGUGCUGGUGUUUCACUACCAAAGGCAUGCACGCCGUGGGGCAGUCGGAGAUCGUCAUCCUCCUGCAGUGUCUGCCUGAUGAGAAAUGUUUGCCCAAGGACAUCUUCAACCACUUUGUGCAACUUUACCGGGAUGCCUUAGCAGGUAACAUCGUUGGCAACCUGGGACACUCCUUUUUCAGCCAGAGCUUCCUCGGAAGCAAAGAACACGGAGGCUUCUUGUACGUUGCAGCAACGUAUCAGUCCCUGCAGGACCUGGUGCUCCCAACCCCACCGUACCUGUUUGGCAUCCUCAUCCAGAAAUGGGAGACUCCCUGGGCUAAAGUGUUCCCCAUCCGGCUGAUGCUGAGACUCGGAGCUGAGUACAGGCUUUAUCCCUGCCCGCUUUUUAGUGUCAGAUUCCGUAAGCCUUUGUUUGGAGAGACUGGACACACGAUCAUGAACCUCCUUGCAGACUUCAGAAAUUACCAGUACACACUGCCUGUGGUCCAAGGUUUAGUGGUUGAUAUGGAAGUCAGAAAAACCAGCAUCAAAAUUCCUAGCAACAGAUAUAAUGAGAUGAUGAAAGCCAUGAACAAAUCCAACGAGCACGUGCUGGCGGGGGGCGCCUGCUUCAACGAGAAGGCCGACUCGCACCUCGUGUGUGUGCAGAACGACGAUGGGAACUACCAGACACAGGCCAUCAGCAUCCACAACCAGCCCAGGAAGGUGACUGGUGCCAGCUUCUUUGUGUUCAGUGGAGCUUUAAAAUCCUCUUCAGGCUACCUUGCCAAAUCCAGUAUAGUGGAAGAUGGAGUGAUGGUCCAGAUAACUGCUGAGAACAUGGACUCUUUAAGGCAGGCCUUGAGAGAGAUGAAAGACUUCACCAUCACCUGUGGCAAAGUAGAUGCUGAAGACCCUCAGGAACAAGUUCAUAUUCAGUGGGUAGAAGAUGACAAAAACUUUAGUAAGGGCGUUGUGAGCCCUAUUGAUGGCAAAUCCAUGGAAUCCAUAACCAGCGUGAAGAUAUUCCACGGCUCGGAGUACAAGGCCAACGGGAAGGUCAUUCGGUGGACGGAGGUGUUUUUCCUUGAAAACGAUGAGCAACACAGCAGUCUGAGUGACCCAGCUGAUCACAGCAGGCUGACUGAAAACGUGGCAAAGGCUUUCUGUCUGGCUCUGUGUCCUCAUCUGAAACUGCUGAAAGAAGAUGGAAUGACUAAGCUGGGUCUGCGUGUCACCCUGGACUCGGAUCAAGUUGGUUACCAGGCUGGGAGCAAUGGACAGCCACUGCCCUCUCAAUACAUGAAUGACCUGGACAGUGCCUUAGUGCCAGUGAUUCAUGGAGGGGCCUGUCAGUUGAGUGAGGGGCCGGUCAUAAUGGAGCUCAUCUUUUAUAUUCUGGAAAACAUCUCAUAAGAGGACUUCAUUUUCUGUUCAGACCUGUUCCAGCAGCAGUUGUAUCUGAAUCAUUUGCACUUUAAAACUGGAAAAAUUAAGCUUUUGUUAACACUAUUGGGGAAGUGGGGGGAGGGGGGAGGGACAGUUGUUCCAUAAUUCUAAAUCUUCUAUGCAUUGUCAACAACCAGAGGAUCAGGGCAGCUUCUAUACUACAACAUGGCUAUGCUAUCCUUGCAGCUAAUCCACUUCUGUUACUGUUUAGGAAAAUGCUCAUGUUUAAAGACUUUCAGUCCUGUACUCUCAAUGCUCAAAAGGGUGCAAAGAUCACUGGGGCAUAAAUAAAAAGUGAAACUCCAACC